UCUCGAAAGCUGCCCCAAGUUUCGGGUUUCCGAUCCGAAUAAAAUUCGGGUUGAUGUUUGGAACCGUGUGGUUGUGCUCCUCAGGACUGGCAGGUGACUCACUUUGAUCAGAUUAGAAUGUGGGUUCUAUUGGGUUUCUUUUGAUUUUCAUGUUUGUGGCAUACAAAAAAAUGUUGCUUCUGUUCAACUUUUUUGUUUGGUUGGUGAGAGAAUGAAAGUCGAAACUGUCUCCAUCACUAGGACAAUGGUCUUAUUAGGCUUAGUGGAAUAGAGGUUUUUGUUCUUUAAAAUCUAAGUAAAAGUUACCAACUUGAGUCUAAACUUGGUUUUAACCGUGUAUUUUGAAAAACUAGAAUUUGGGUCUAUUUGGCAUUCCCUUUUGCUAUCAAGUUUCAUCUUUGGUAUCUAUUAUUGGAUGGCUUCCUAUUUUUAUUAUCAUUUUGUAAAUUAUAGCUUUAUAUGAACCUCUUGUGGGGUGAAAGAUUUCGAUUGUUUCAAUGAAUCAAAUGAGCAGUCGUCUUUGUUUGAUAGCCUAAAGCAAUGUGGAUCUCUAUUAUCUGGGCUAAAUGGUAAUGUUGAUAAAUGUGUACAUGCAGUAGGUGAAGAUUGUAGGACUACAUUUUGGACUUACCAAAUUGGUGAAAAGGAUGGGGUAUUAGAUUCAUUCCAACCUGAUGAACAGCUCAAGAGGAAGAAGAAAAUUUCAUAUGUUAGGAGACGAAGAGAUGUAUAUCAGACUCUUGGACCCAGUUCUGCAGCUGAAUCAGCCACUCUGCUGGCAUUUGGAAGUCUUUUCACCUCUCCAUAUAGAGGUUCAGAGCUGUACAUCGAUAUUCAUGAAGCUCCAAGAGAUCAGCGGAUACAGUCUUUGAUUAAAAAGAUUGAAUUUCUUCAUUUUCUCCCCGACAUUUUGAGUGCAGGAAAGGAGUUUGCUGAUAAGAACAUAAAUGCCCAUUUUCUUUGUGCACAGCUCAGAUUGUUAGAUGGGCAGUUCAAGAAUCAUUGAAAAGCUACUUUUCUGAGUUUAAAACAGAAAGUAGAAUCUUUGGGACAGAGUCCACUCCCUAUUCAUAUUUUUGUGAUGACUGAUCUUCCUGAAGGUAAUUGGAGUGGAAGUUACUUGGGGGAUUUGGCUAGAGAUUCACAUCAUUUUAAGCUGCAUUUUCUGAGAGAAGAAGAUGAGUUAGUGAUAAAAACAUCCAAAAAAGUUGUGGCUGCUAAGCAUAGCCUGAGGUUUGCAUUUGUUCCAGAGAGCAUGGGUGGACUAAAAAAACAUUGCCCUUCUGAGAGAUUACCUGAUGUACUUCUAUUCAUAGAGGAAGCUGUUUGCAGCUGCGCUUCACUUGGUUUUGUUGGGACUGCGGGGUCUACUAUUGCAGAGAGUGUAGAGCUUAUGAGAAAAUUUGGCACAUGUGCAAGCCAAAGUCUGACUGCAUUGUGACAAGUGGCUUGGUAUGAUAAAAAGUAAAAACUAAACUCAUUGAAGGUGGUAUUAGUUUAUGAGAAGAAAUUUCUAUGGUUAAGGGUUGUAGAAGUAUGCUUUACAAGCCUUCCACUUGAAUAGUCUUGCAGUAAAAGAUGAUGGGAGCAGCAGUCUUCGGAUAUUUUUUAUGCUUUCUUGCGAUUCUUGUGAUCCAGCCAGCAUUUCAUCCAAAUCUUCUGUUUGUUGAAGGCACAGAAAACUAUUAAGGAAGAAAUUUCCUCAUGUCAGGAUUCAACUCCACUGAGGUUGCAGUUUAUUGAAGGUCAAUGUAAAUAUCUUACAGUCUCAAGGAGAAGAAAGAGGAUACUUCUCAGAUUUGACAUGUGAUCUGCUCUCUCCCUUUUGAUCUCCAUCCACUCAGAACAGUUAGAUCAGUUCCGAUUAAAGUUCAUUGUUGAUCUCUUUUUUCCUCUUCCAGUACAUGGCUGUCUAUUUGAUUAAAGCAUGGAAAGGAUGUGAUCUGUUGCUUCUUCCAAAUUCUUACUCAAUGGGUUGACCUUUAGAUCAACCUCUCUCUCUCUUGGCCUGGUGUUCCAUGGACUGAAGACAAACAUAGGAUGUUUUUACUUGGACUACAGAAGCUUGGCAAAGGUGAUUGGCAUGGAAUAGCUCGCAAUUAUGUUAUAUCAAGGACACCUACUCAAGUGGCCAGCCAUGCUCAAAAAUAUUUCAUCAGGCAAACCAAUAUAUAUUGGAGAAAGAGACGUUCCAGCCUGUUUGAUAUUAUAGCAGAUGAAUCAGCCGACACGCCGAUGGUUCCUCAUGACUUCUUAUCUGUCAACGACUCACAGGCUGAAACACAGAGCAAUCCUCCAUUGCCUGCUCAUCCUGCCCUGGACGAAGAAUGUGAAUCGAUGGAAUCUAUCAACUCCAGUGAUGGAGAUCCUAUUCCUCCGAAGACAGAGAGCUCACAACCUUGCUUCCCAGUGGUAUAUCCUGCUUAUAUCUCUCCAUACUUCCCCUUUCCUUUGCCAUAUUGGUCAAGAUACAACACUCCAGAGGCAACUAAGAAGGAGGAGACACAUGAGGUUCUCAAGCCAACUGCAGUACAUUCGAAGAGCCCGAUCAAUGUUGAUGAGCUGGUUGGCAUGUUGAAACUGAGCUUAGGAGAAUCUAUUGGUCAUGCUGGUCCAUCCUCUCUUUCACUAAAGCUGCUUGAAGGAUCUUCUAGGCAGUCUGCCCUUCAUGCAAAUCCAGCCUCUGGAAGUUCAAACAUCAAUUCAAGUAGCAGCCCAAUCCAUGCAGUUUGAUGGACAGCAUUUCUGAGCUCAAGAUCAUAGGUUAGCUUGAUGAUGGAUGAGCUUUACAGUUUACUGUUAAUACAGGACUGAUAAUGUGCAGUUUGGUUUGGUUUAGUUUUGGACUAAUAAGGUUGUUUUUAAUUAAAUUAAUUAACUAAAUUCA